AUGGCACCAGACACUCUUUCUCUUGCUGGCAAGGUUGCCAUUAUCACGGGUUCCGGCCGUGAAAAUGGCAUAGGAGGCAGGAUUGCUAAGACGCUUGCCCUCAAUGGUGCUGCUGUUACCAUAAACUAUGUUUCUGAGAAAUCAAUUUCUCGUGCAGAAGAAGUUGCUCAAUCGAUCCGUGAUCUGGGUGCUCGGGUUGCUAUCAUAAGAGGUAGCAUUGAAACUCAGGAAGGGGCCUCCAAGAUUGUGUCUGAUACAAUGGAGGCUUUUGGUGUCGACCAUAUCGAUAUCCUAGAGCAUCUCCAGAACCAUUUCGGCAUUAAUGUGUUUGGGACUCUCUAUAUGACGCAGGCAGUUGUUACUUUGGGAAAGAUGCCUCGUGGUGGUCGGAUCAUCAAUGUUGGAUCGUGUGCGUCAAAGAUGGGCGUAGGAGAUGGUAUGGGCGUGUACGGCGCGACAAAAGCAGCAACAGAUUACCUUGCUGCAUCAUGGGCCUGGGAGCUCGGACGCAGCCGCGGGAUCACCAUCAACAGUAUUGGACCUGGUCCUGUUGAUACUGAUAUAAUUGGCGACGGUGUUGCGCAUGUGACAGACCCGUCAAUUCAUAAAGAUCUAUUCAUCACUCCAUUUGUCAAUCUUACCAGGGCUGAAGAGCGUGUGGGCACGACUGAUGACGUUGCUGAUGCCGUCCUUCUACUCGUCAACGAGAAGAGCCGUUGGAUCACCGGUCAAUUCAUCUCAGUGAGCGGAGGUAUCAACGUCAUGUAG